AUGCCUACAUUUUCGAUCACAACACAUUCGCUCGUAAUAACAUCAAAAACGUCGCCAGCAAAUACAAUAACUAUGAACAAACCUAUACUUGUAUUAUUUCUUACACUUAGCAUUAUCUCAUUGCUUGGUUGGGUAAAUUCAGGACCGACGACACAGGAUCCUGUUGGAAUGUUUUGUAAUGCUGUUCCAACGAAUGCAAACCUGGCACCUCUUGUAUCUAACAUUCCGCAGUAUGGAUUGAAUAUCAUAAAAGAAACUCAAAAAUUUAAACUUUCAGUUAAAUAUUUUGAAGCGAACAUACAAUCGAUGACUAGUAGCACUGCAUCAUGUACGAGCUUCUUUAAUGGCUUAAAAAGAGAAUUUGAUAAAGACAUAAAAAGUCAAGGAUUAACAAUUCAAGAUACUAAAGAGCCAUUUAAACAAUUUCUCAAUGUAAUAUUUCCAGAUAUUCCUUUUUUUCAUUAA